CUUUUGCCUACGCCAGAAUGGUCAAGACAGCAUAUGAAUUGGAACGCGAGGCGAAUAUUGCGAGAAAUCGCGCUCUCCUCGAGCAACUCGAGCUGAAGGAAGCCGUCGCCGCACUCGGAAUACCAGCGAAGACUAAACCAGAACCUAAACAGUCGAAAGCGAAGCCGAUUCAGCCCUCUAAGAGAGUCAAGAAGGAAGCAUCCGGGUCUGAUGUGACAACGAGGAGACAAUCUGCUCGACUUAAGAGGCCGCCUACGCCUGAUCUUAACGAGAGCCCUUCGAAGAAGCGCAAACGCGAGAAAGAAGAGGAGGAUGCAAGGAAGAAGGAAGAGGACGAAAGGUUCGCAGCUGAAGAACGCGCUCGUGAAACUAAGAAGCCUCGUCAUCAAGAUCUCACGCUGUCGACCUUGGCCGAAAGUGAGGAACUAGAGGAGGGUAGCCUGACCAAAUUUUAUGGCGUUCUUCAGCAAGUCUGCAAAGUACCACACCCUCGUCGAGUGGGUGAGGACGAUGCCUUCACGUUUGAUGGCGACAGCAAGGCGGAGGAGGCAGAAGUGGGUGAUCUACGGAAGAAGCUGAGCACUCUGAAAGUCGUAGCCAGAGCGAAGGUCACCCAGGACCGUGUCUAUAGCGCUGCAUACCACCCGGAGGUCACCAAAGACUUGAUAUUUUUUGGAGACAAACAUGGACAGCUGGGCAUCUGGGAUGCUCGAGCACCAGCCGAUGAAGUCGACGAUGACGAGGAGUCCUCGGUUCCCCCGGAGGACAAGGAGGGCGGCAAGUAUUGGCGAUUGCAGGCUCAUUGGCCCGCCACGUCGAAAUCUUCGAUAUCAUGCAUCAAAUUUGAUCCUCUAGACGCCCACUCUGUCUUCACUAGUUCAUAUGACUGUACCAUUCGACAGCUCUCUUUCACCUCGGGACUCUCUCGAGAGGUGUUCUCCACCGACGAUACCCUCAUAUCUUCCUUCGACUUGGCGCCUUCUGGUCACGAAAUGUGGAUAUCAGACGCUCUUGGUGGUUUAACGCAUUUGGAUCUCCGAGAGGAUAAAGCUCACGCCAGAUGGUAUCAACUGAGCGACCAGAAGAUUGGAAGCGUCAGCAUCAACCCACGAAGACCGGAGUAUCUGGUGACCGCGUCGAACAGUCGCACUCUCAAGAUCUGGGAUGUGCGUCGACUAUGCAAUCUUCCUGUUGUGGACGACUUGUUAGAAUUCGACUCUGAACAAGUCGGAAGGCACCUCGCGUCACCAGCGGGGAAGACCACCUUGCGCGGUGAAUGGAGUCAUGGAAAAUCCGUAAGCGCUGCUUAUUGGGAUCCAAGGGGCAGGUCCAUCGUCAGCACAUGCUACGACGACAAGCUAAGAUUGUGGGACUUCAAGCCUUCAAUAUUCGACAAAGACGCCAAAUUCCCUUCUACUCGCCCCUUCGCCCAGCUCAAUCAUGACUGUCAGACGGGGAGAUGGCUCACCAUCCUCAAAGCUCAGUGGUCGCCAAAUACCGAUGCUCUCCCACAUUUCACCAUUGGCAAUAUGAAACACUCUUUGGACAUAUUCGCAGGCAAUGGCGAUCUUCUUGCGAGAUUACACGAUAGCUCAAAGAUUACCGCCGUUCAAGCCGUCACCGCGUCACAUCCGAACGUAGUCGAACGUGCGGCCAGCGGAAAUGGCAGCGGACGAUGCGUGCUAUGGGCACCGCCCGACGUCGACUAAGCUAUUUCUUGAGCUGUGUUUUAUUUCUUCGGGCUCCAUAUUUGAGCGGAUCCUCAU